GCGGCAGGGUUGGGUGAGGAAGGAAGGUUGAGCGAAGGGGAAACGCGAGGACGGGAAGUGCGGGUGGCGGUGAAGUGCUAUGAGUUGCAACUUAAGGCGCCGCCUGGGUCUGGUCUGCAGGUCAAGCCCUGUCGACCCCUUUCAGAAGGAAGAAGCGUAGUAUUUAUUCUACGUGUGGGAGGCGCGUACGUUCGUGUCCGAAAUUGAGAACUUAAGCCUUCUCUCAGAAGUGUAUGGUGACCUAAAGAAGACAACCAACCAAGGGUCAUAUGAAAUUGUGAUUGGCUAAUAAUCCCAGGACAAAAUUAGAGAUCACUACUCCAGCAUAAGACCUCUACAAAGAUGUUUGAUAUAAAGGCUUGGGCUGAGUAUGUUGUGGAAUGGGCUGCCAAGGACCCAUACGGCUUCCUUACAACAGUUAUUUUGGCCCUUACUCCAUUGUUUCUUGCAAGUGCUGUACUGUCCUGGAAAUUAGCCAAGAUGAUUGAGGCCAGGGAAAAGGAGCAAAAGAAGAAACAAAAACGUCAAGAAAACAUCGCAAAAGCUAAACGACUGAAAAAGGACUGAAGGAAUGAACAGGCUCUGCAGCCAGAGGAACAUCAUUUGGAAAAUUAUGCAGCUCUAGAAGGCCCCACUAAGGUUUCUUUUCUGGAUCUUGUGACAGUAUUGUUUAGGAAACAAAGUCUGAGCAUAUGGAAGAUCAUGUUAGCUCUCACCUGUACUGUAGCAACUUUUGGGCUUUGCUGUAGAAGUCUGUUGACAGUUAAUUGUACACUGACAUUGGUUAUGCUACAGGUUCUUUAUAAUGGAUCUAGUCAUUUGCCUUUUUGCAGCUUAUACAGUAUAAUGUGAACAUCCUGUGG